UUCUUCAACGCCAAAUCAGACACCUCAGUUAAAAAAAAAAACUCGUGCAUUGAAAAUUUUUCUCAUCUAAUUUGUUUAUAAAAUAAUAAAAAUUACAGCUAAAUUUUUAAAACAAAACCAAACCAAAACAAUGUCAAAAUCAUCCCAAAACAAACACAAUAUAGCUACCAAAAGAAUUACCGCCGAACAAACAAUAAUUAUUAUUCGUUUAAUUAAAAAAUACAAAUGCAUUUGGGACAAGAAGCACCCAGAUUUUCGGAAGCGCCAAGUACGUUAUAAUACUUUUAAAAAAAUUGGAAGUUAUUUUCAAUUAACGCCCGAAGAUGUUAGUCGAAAAUAUAGACGGUAUAGAGAUUGCUAUAUUCAAGAACUCAAGCAUUUGCAAGAGAAGAAAAAAUCAUACACAAGUGUGUUUUAUUUUGACGAAAUGGACUUCUUGCGGGAUCAAGUGAAGCAUCGUUCUUUGACCAACAAAGACACUAAGUAUUCAAUAGCAUGUUCUGAUGGGGUUAAUUCUGGUGAUAAAUCUGAUACGGAUGAAGACUUGCCAGUAGAGUCCCUGGAAGAUGAAUUUACCUUAGAAGAGCCUAUGGAGGAAUUCCAAUUCUCUAGCAAUGAAUCUGAUAAUUCGAAAGAAGAAGAAGAAGAAGCACCUGCAAUUGAACAACCUAUUAAAAUUAAAGAAGAAGUUGUUAAUGAAGAAAUGGUUAGGAAUGAAGAAACUACAAUUAACGACGAUAAUGAUCCAAUUGAAGAAAUACGAGAAGAAAAUGAAAUGAAAACACUAGCAAAAAAUGAUAAAACAGAUGAGUUUGACGUUUUUGCUGGAUACUUGGCCUCUCAACUAAGAACAAUGGAUAAGCUGUCAGCGUUAGAGACUAUGGAGGAAUUGCAGGGAGUUAUUUUUAAACGAAGGAUAGAAAUUUUGAAAAGAGAUAGGAAAAGUAAUUAAGAUUUUUAAAAGUAAAUUGUUAUAAACAAAAGUCCUAAGAUCCUUUGAUCUGGGGAAUGUGAAAAAUUCGUUUAGAUUUAAGAUCAGAAAUGGUAGUAGUUUUAAAUUUACAUACAAUUAAAAAAAAUAUAU